UAAGUAUCUUAAGGUUCAAGUCAAUAGCUUUGAUAGUAACAGAGAUAUUUGACUGUAUCAACAAGUUUAACCAACAGCGACGCUAACACUGACGCCGACACCGAGGCGAGUGCAUAGCUCUACUUUUAUCUUCGAAAAGUCGAGCUAAACAAUCAAGCACAGUAAAUAUGAAAGCUUGUUACUUGAAAAAAAUUAAUAAACUCAUAGAUUGAUACAUAUCAAUUUCAAAACUUAAUAUUAAGAUAUUGUUUCGUAAUAUAACUUCUUAAACUUGUAUAUCAGUGUCACGACCAGGAAGUAAUUUGAUAUGGUUAUCACCAAUAGAAACUGCAAAACAAUAAACAUCAGAUAAAGAUUACUACAGAGGAUUAUAUACUUUAAACAAGAAUAGGAAGUUCUCUAGUGUUUAGAAAUGGCUGUCCCAGGAAAAAAGUUGCCGAAACAUUUUUCUUUGUCAACUAUGGGGUUUGAUGAAGACUCUAAAGUUUACUGCCAGCCUUGCGACCGUGACGGUCCUAGACUUCCUGCCCAUGGCUAUUGUGCUGACUGCAAGGAGCAUCUGUGCGAGACCUGCUUUAUAGUUCACAAGAGACAUACUCUUUCAAGGCAUCAUACCCUUCUAGAUAAAAACAGCAUGCCACAAAGCAUUUCUUCAGUCUCUGUUCAUCCAACACAGCCUGACAACUUCACCAAAUCUUGCCCUAAACAUACAAAAGAAAUCAUCAAGUUCUACUGUCAGAACCACAAAGCACUACUAUGCAGUGUAUGUGUUACACUUGAACACACUGGUGCAUCUUGCAAAGUAAACUACAUCCCCGAUAUUUCUGGUCAGGUCAUAAACAGCAAAGAACUUCAAGACAUUCUGAAAACUAUGGCUACCAUUACUGAGCAAUGUCGCAAGAAAUCAGAAGAUUUGAAAAAAAAUACUGCAAAGUCAAACAAUUCUUUGACAGAUGCAUUGGCUGAUAUAACGAAGUUUCGGAAAGAAAUAAACCAAAGACUAGAUGAACUAGAAAGACAAGCUGAAAAUGCAUCAAAGACCAUUCUACAAGAAAAUAACAAGAACCAGAAAACAGUAGAAAGAACUUGUGAUGAUGUAACAAAAUCUCUGAAGACAUCAUCUGACACCAUUAAACAUCUCAACACAUCCAAACAAGCAGACAAACUUUUCAUGGAGCUAAAAUUAGCUCAGCAAAUGGUCAAAGAUUAUGAGAAGCGUGUCCACCACCUAGCAGCAUAUGAUGUCAAGGAGUACAACUUUAAAGAAAAUAAAGUAAUAUCAACCCUCCUUGACAAGGAAAGGUCACUGGGUACAUUCGCAGAGAAGUCAUUAAAACAACCAAGGUCUCCUCUAGGUGUUGAUAUAAAAUCCAGACAAACUUCACAUCAGGGUGAAAUCUGUGUCAAGACAUCAAAAGAUAAAGACAGAUGCCAUAUAGAAGGAAUAAUUCUCUUUCCUCCUGAUCUACUUAUCAUCACUGACAAUGGUAACUCUGCUGUAAAAAUGGUGGAUACAUGCAGUCAAUCUGUUACUGAUCAAUUACAACUAGGUACUGGGCCAUGGGAUGUCACCUCAGUUACCAGUACAAAGUUUGCUGUCACACUUCCUGACAAACAAAAGAUUCAGUUUAUAUCAAUCUCCUCAAACAAACUCAGGAAGAAACAAAAUCUGAAGGUUGAUGGAGUAUGUUAUGGUAUAAGUUACUGUCAGGGGAAACUUGUUGUGUCAUUUCAGAAUCCUGCAAAACUCCAAAUUCUUGAUAUCAAUGGUACUGUACUGACAACAGACAAGAGCGAAAAUAUUUUCAGUCAGCCACUAUAUGUUACCACUAACACUAAUUCUAUCUAUGUAUCUGACUGGAUGAUGAAAACAAUUACAAGGUUAAACUGGCAGGGUGAGGUGACUGGUAGUUACGGUGGUACGACUAGGCCUCGUGGUAUAACACUGUCAGAUGAUGGUACAGUUCUUGUGUGUGACAAACAUAGACAUGUUAUAGAAGAGAUAGCAGGUGACUGUUCUACAGGAAAGGUUGUGUUGAAGGACCUCAAUGGUCCCAGAGCUGCCUGCUGGUGUGCUGAAACAUGUAAACUAUACUUCAGCUGUAUUACUGGCCAAGACAAACAUGACAACUUUCUUCAGGUCUUCAAGCUAUCAUAACUAGAACAAUACUCAUCAACAGUAUAACCAAUGUGUACUGUAAAAUAAUUCAUAAUCAUGGAGAACUAAGUUUCAUUUACAUCCCAAUUGUGUCAGUUCAUGACAAACAAAGAUUAUUCCUGUUUAUUUUAUCUUUAAUGGUGCAUGCCUCCAGAUAAACAAAUUUAAAGGAUUUUUUUAAAAUAGACUGCAGUUGGUAUUCACUAUUGAAAACAAUAAACAAGUAAUGUUUAAAUAGAUAUUUUAAUGUAUAUGACACAAAGUACAGCUAGAUUCCUUUUAAAUUUAAUCAAAUGUGAAUACUUUGACUUGACACCUUCCAGAGUUUUCUACAAGUGCUUCUGUUUAUCUGGAGUGUUAUUGUAGAUAAAGCUUAUAAAUAUUAAACAAAAUUCCGCUGCAAUUACGUACCAAAAGAUGUUUUCUAAAUUUUUAAAAUUUCAAGAAAAGUUGACAUAAUUCCAGAGGCAUGUAUCUUUAAACAUUGAAUCAAUGAAUUUUAAGUAUAAUAAAAUAGCCAUCUUGU